AGCUUGGACAUGUUGGUUCACCUCUGGCUUCUUUGUGGUCUGAGUGCUGUUGUGACCACCCAAGAUGUCACACAACAAGCCCAUAUGUUUCUAGAAGAGUUUAACAGGAGGGCAGAAGAUAUCAGCCAUGAGACUUCCCUCGCCUCAUGGAACUACAACACCAAUAUCACUGAGGAGAAUGCCAAGAAAAUGGGAGAGGCGGAUGCCAAAUGGUCUGCGUUUUAUGAUGAGGCCUCCAGGAAUGCCAGCAGCUUCCCAUUGGACAGCAUCACUGAUGCUCUCAUCAAGCUCCAGAUCCAGGCUCUCCAGGACAGAGGAUCAUCGGUGCUGUCACCAGAAAAAUAUGACAGGCUGAACACUGUACUAAGCACAAUGAGUACCAUCUACAGCACUGGGACCGUCUGUAAAAUCACCAGUCCAUUUGAGUGUUUGGUGCUGGAGCCAGGUCUGGACACUAUUAUGGCUGACAGCACUGAUUAUCAUGAGAGACUGUGGGCCUGGGAAGGCUGGAGAGCUGAAGUUGGCAGGAGAAUGAGGCCAUUAUAUGAAGAGUAUGUUGAACUUAAAAAUGAGGUUGCAAAGCUUAAUCAUUAUUCAGACUACGGAGAUUACUGGAGAGCAAAUUAUGAAGCAGAGUAUCCAAAAGAAUAUGAAUACAGCCGUGACCAGCUGGUUGCAGAUGUGGAGAAGAUAUUUGAGCAGAUAAAACCUCUAUACCAGCAGCUUCAUGCAUAUGUGAGGCACCAGCUGGAACAGGUCUAUGGUCCCAAGCUCAUCAGCUCCACAGGAUGCCUCCCUGCUCACUUGCUGGGUGAUAUGUGGGGUAGAUUUUGGACAAAUCUGUAUCCCUUGACUGUUCCCUAUCCAGCCAAACCAAACAUUGAUGUAACUUCUGCAAUGGUUCAGAAGAAAUGGGAUGCUGUAAAAAUAUUUAAAGCUGCUGAGGCGUUCUUCACCUCCAUUGGCCUUGAAAAAAUGACUGAUGGUUUCUGGAAUAACUCCAUGCUCACAGAACCGACUGACAACAGGAAGGUUGUUUGCCAUCCUACAGCAUGGGAUCUAGGGAAAGGUGACUACAGGAUCAAGAUGUGUACCAAAGUGACCAUGGACAGCCUCCUGACUGCUCACCAUGAGAUGGGCCACAUCGAGUACGACAUGGCAUACUCUAAGCAGCCCUACCUGCUGAGAAGUGGAGCCAACGAGGGCUUCCAUGAAGCAGUCGGUGAAAUUAUGUCACUCUCUGCAGCCACUCCUCAGCACCUCAGAUCUCUUGACCUCCUAGAGCCAACUUUCCAAGAGGAUGAAGAAACUGAAAUCAACUUUCUGCUCAAACAAGCACUAACAAUUGUUGGAACACUGCCUUUUACUUACAUGCUGGAGAAGUGGAGGUGGAUGGUGUUUAAGGGAGAGAUUACGAAGCAGGAAUGGACAAAGCGGUGGUGGGAUAUGAAGAGAGAAAUAGUUGGUGUUGUCGAACCUGUCCCUCAUGAUGAAACCUACUGUGAUCCUGCAGUGCUGUUCCAUGUGUCCAGUGAUUAUUCAUUCAUAAGGUAUUACACUCGGACCGUCUAUCAGUUCCAGUUUCAGGAGGCACUUUGCAAGGCAGCCAACCAUACUGGCCCUCUUCACACAUGUGACAUUAGUAACUCCACAGCAGCUGGUCAUAAUUUGAGGAAAUUGCUUGAAUUAGGCAGCUCCAAGCCCUGGACAGAAGCACUGGAAAGUGUAACAGGAGACAAAUACAUGAAUGCACAGCCCUUGCUCCACUACUUUGAGCCUCUAUAUAAGUGGCUGCAAAAAAACAAUUCUGGUAGAUUCAUCGGUUGGAAAACAGACUGGGCUCCAUAUUCUGACAAUGCCAUCAAAGUGCGUAUCAGCCUGCAAUCAGCGUUGGGGGAUGAGGCGUAUGAAUGGGAUGAAAGUGAGCUCUUCUUGUUCAAAUCAUCCAUUGCCUAUGCCAUGAGAAAAUACUUCGCCGAGAUGAAGCAGCAGGAAGUUAACUUCCAGAUUACAGAUAUUCAUGUUGGGGAACAGACAGAAAGGAUUUCCUUCUACUUUACUGUCAGCAUGCCAGGCAACAUCAGUGAUACUGUACCCAGAGCUGACGUGGAAGCUGCCAUCAAGAUGUCUCGGAGACGAAUCAAUGAGGCUUUCAGACUGGAUGAUAAGACACUGGAGUUUGUGGGCAUACUUCCAACUCUGGACACACAUUAUGAACCCCCAGUCACCAUCUGGUUAAUUAUUUUUGGGGUAGUCAUUAGCGUGAUUGUCAUUGGAGUUACCAUCCUGAUCAUCAAGGGGCAGAGAGAUCGCAAAAAGAGAGCAAGGAGUAAAGAAUCAAAUGGUGGAGAGGUGAACCCUUACAACGAAGAGGGAAAAAGCAACAUGGGUUUUGAGCCAUAUGAAGAGACACAAACAUCAUUCUAGAAGAUGAAUCUACA